CUGAUAAGCAACAAAAGCAUUGUAAAAAAUAAAAAAUAAAAAAUAAACAAAAGCCAAAAGAGAAACCAACAAACAAUUUUGCAAAAAAGCUCCAAUCUUUACUGUCAUUGAUAGCCAUAUCUCUAUCUACCUGCAAUCUUCAUUGGGUUUGCAAUUUAGGGUCUGAAAUUAAUCACAAAUGCAACGCAAUUGCUGCCAUGUAUCAUUAGCAUUCGUGCUUAAAUUCUUCAACUUUCUCCAAGCUUUUAUAGGACUCUCUGUUGUACUUUACUCUAUAUGGAUGCUGGAUCAAUGGAACCACCAUGUUCCCUUUCCUCCGUCGCCGCACUCUAUUGCUCCCUCUCCAGAUUCUCAAUCCCAGUCGCUUAGGGUUCUUAGUCUCGUCGCUGAUUUGGCUUACGGUUUUGAUGAUGGACUUGGGCUUCGUUUGAAUUCCUUCGAGCUUCCUGCACCUUGGUUCAUCUACUCUUUUAUGGGCGUGGGCAUUAUAUUGUGUUGCAUUACUCUCAUUGGUUGCAUUGCAGCUGAGGCUAUUAAUGGCUGUUGCCUGUGCUUUUACACCAUACUCAAAAUCUUAUUCAUUCUGAUAGAAGCAGCUUUAGUGGCCUUCAUAGCAAUUGAUCAUCGUUGGCAAAAGGAUAUUCCUUUUGAUCCAACUGGAGAACUUCAAACCCUUAAGUCUUUUAUUGAAGACAAUGUUGAUAUAUGCAAAUGGGUUGGCAUUACUGUGCUCACAGUUCAGGCGCUAUCUUUACUGCUUGCAAUGAUUUUGCGAGCAAUGGUUUCUACUAGAAGAGAAGAUUCAGAAUGUGAGGAUGAUUAUGAGAAUGGUAGAGGUAGAUCUUGGGAGCCACUCCUAAAUCAAUCAGGUCAAACAUCAGGGGCUCACUCAGACAUCUGGAGCACACGGAUGAGAGAAAAGUAUGGAUUGAACAGUGUUGAAAAAACCAAUGCACUAGGUCAGAACGCAUCGAUGAGCAUGAAAUCCAAGUAAUUCAGAUCAGAAACUCUACCCCACAAGGGAAAUGACAAGGGAGUCUCUUGCAUGGAUACAGGCAUAGAUGAUGUUGCAUUUAGUCACAUGAGUCUUGCUGUUUAUGAAGGAAGUUGUAAUGUAUAUAGGUCUUUGCAAGUUUGUUAAAUUGCAUUGCACUGAUUAGGUAAAAACAUUCUCUGUAAAGGCAGAAAUGUUGUGCUGCUUAUAUCAUAUCUUGUUCUUGUCGUCAUUAAGAACGCUUUGAUGUUGAUACAUGCAGUUCUCUAAAAUGAACAACGUUUCCUAUGAAAUAUUAAACAGGGAUUCUGCCAA